AGAGUUGGCGAGAUUUUCCUGUCGCCGUAGCAACGAAGUCAGCUGUGUAUACAACAUGGCCGUCUGAGUCCAGAAAGUUCACAUCGCGUACACCACAUCUCAGCGUCCGUUUCCCAUAUUUUCUCGUGCAGCCAUGGCGUUUUUCGGUAUCACCGGACUAGGUUAUCAGGAUGCCAUCAAGGAGAAGGUGCUGAGACCGACGGAGAUCAAAUCGGAGGGUCUCGGGACGAGGGGGGCGGACACGGCGGCCGAGGUGGUCGGCGAUCCAGGUGAAGGGACGCCGAAGCCCUUCACUCCCGCAGAGAAAGUGAACCCGUCAGAACUGACCAGCGGCGACCCACAGGGCUCAUAUGUCAAGUACACCACCAUGCUGAGGAAGCAUAUAAGGAACCCCCAUGCUCCCAACCAGCUGAACCGGCUGCCACAGACCGAGGGCCAGUGUGUAGGGUUCUGGCAUCCCAACAAGGGGGAACCCCCCAUUCAGCAGCAGCUGCCAUGGACACGAGUGCCACGAUACGGAAUGGUCACCAGUGAGAUGACCAGAUUUGUAGACCAGAUGGCAGUGACCAACAAGGAAUUCCGCUUGUUUUGAUGUUUGGAGGCUGGAACCAGGAGAUUUUUAACCUGCAGUGUUUUAUUAUAAUAUUUGGUGACUGUGCCAUGGAGAUAUCCCAUCAUUCUUUGGGAUAGAUAAGGACAAAGGAAGAGACUGGGAACUGACUUUACAAUGGCGUUUACUUAAACUUUGAUAAGAUUAAGAAAAUACCAUCUAAAGGCUUGUCAUUUGAGUAACAAUUUGGGAGUAAAAUCCACCACCCCAAAUUCCAAGUGAGAUAAAAUCUAGUUUGAUCCAUAUUUUUCAGGGAUCGGGCUAAAAUGAAAAAGACAAAAAAGAGAGCUACCAGUAAGUGUGAACAUAGAGUGUACAGUACUUUUGAACAUAUCAGUUUGUCUGGGUAUCGCUGCUAUCGCAUGAUUAAUAGGUCUACAAAAAAAAGAAUCACGUCGCAUGUGCUCUUAACUUUACAAUGAUCUGUGCAUUGCAGAUCUUGCAGUAUGUGUAAACAAGUACUAAUGAUACAUCAAAUUAAUCAAUUAAAAGUUGUGCUCUAACUUAAA